AUGAUACCUCUGCCUCCCAGCAUGCCUUUGCCAGUCUCCUCUGGUUUGGGCACUCAACAAAGUCAUCUCUCUGCCUCCCACUUUAGGUACCAGAAUGACCCUCCCAGCUGCCCUCUGUCCAGCCCAGAACUCCAAAGUGGGCAACAGGCUAGGAAGGCUGGAGGCAGACGGGAAGCCCCCCGCAAUCCCCACUGCCCACGCGUGCUUGGCGCUCCGCGCGGCCCCGCGCCGCACUGCAAAGCCCGCCCCACGCCGCCGCGGGAGAGACCGGCUCGCGGGUUUCCCGGUCAACCCCGGCGCCUCCCCCACUCUCCUCCAGACUUCCCCAGCCUCAGUGCUAUCCCUAGCGGGGGCUGGCCACUCCGCCUCCCCGCAACACAGCCCACGACGACAGCGACCCCGAGGGCAGAUCCCGACGGAACACCUCAUCCCGCGGAGCCGGCGCGGGGAGCCAUGGGCAGCCCUGGCUUCGGGUGGGCUGCGGCGAGGGGGGAAUCCACCUGCCACGCGCAUCCCGCCGCAGCCGCCGCCGCCCCGCGGGCCCAAGGCGCCGCCCCGCCGCCCUGGGAGGUGCCGCCGCAGUCCCGGUACCCCGCACACGCUGGGAGCGGGCGCACAGGUGGGAAACCCAAGAGUGGGCGCCGGGGCGCAGCCCUUCCCCGCCGCCCCGGCUCCAGACUUUGCCCGGCGCCUGCCCUUGCUAGGGCGCCGGGUCCCUGCGCAGAGGCUGCCGCGGGUCCUGGCGCCUCCAAGGCUCAGAGGCUCUGGGUGAGGGACAGCGCCACAGCCGAGUCCCUGCGCCGGCUCCUCGCCUCGCACCCCGACCCCCUGAACCCCUGA